UGUAUUUGUAUAUCUUUCCGAAGACAAACCGGCCAAGCAACAAUCUCAUUUGUCACAGACGUUGACAAAUCUGUUCGGCUGUUGCUGUAUUUAACGUAACUCUUUCUGUCUCGAAGCGAAAACCUAGACUUCCAGUUCGUCAUGAUAGACCUUCUGUCGUUCACUGAACCCUCGAUAUAUCUCCUCAUAUCCCUCGUAGUUUUAGGGAUCAUUUAUACAUUCAAAAAAUGGCCCUAUAACUAUCUAAAACAGUUUGGAUAUCCAGGACCGAAACCCUCCUUUCCUUGGGGCAGCUUGAAAGAAGUUCAACGCAAGGGAAAAUAUGCGGUUGAUGCAGAAUGGUUGAAUAAAUAUGGCGAUGUUGUGGGCUUUUAUCUUGGAAGACAGCCAGCAGUGCUGAUUGGAGAUCCAGAGAUGUUGGAACAAAUAAUGGUGAAACAGUUCCAUAACUUCACAAACCGAUAUAAACUUGUUCCUAUGGAUAGUUUUUCCACGAAAAUGGUCCUUAAUGCCAAAAAUGAACAUUGGAAAUACUUAAGGACACUUCUGUCACCGAAUUUUUCAGCCAAAAAGCUUAAAGAGAUGCAACCACUCGUACAGACAGCAGCUGAUAAUUUGGACAAAACCUGCAACAAUUUUGCAAAAACAGGGGAAGACGUGGAUGUGAACCGUCUGUUUGGUUGCUUUACCAUGGAUGUUAUUGCUACAACAGCUUUUGGUGUAGAAGUUAACUCACAGAAGAAUCCAGACAAUCCAUUUGUCAAGAAUGCCACAUACUUGGUCCGCAGAAAUCGAUUUGCAUCGGUCUUUGUCAUUGGUUUUCUUUCACGCAAGUUUUUCAAGUUCCUGUUAUUCACAAAAGUGCUUGCAACUCGAUCAGGAAAAUUCUUUUAUGAUUUAUGCAAGAAAAUCUUGGCAGAUCGAAAACAAGGUAAUGGCCAGUUCAGGAAAGAUCUUCUGCAAAUGAUGAUUGAUCAACAAAAUGAUUUUACCGAAGAACAACCUGAAAAGAAUGCAAAGAAUGGUGACGUGAAGAAUGGCAAUAUAAUGAAUGGUGAUGCAACAAAUGAUGAUGUUCCGAUACCUACAAAGUUAGUUAAGAGAAAAUUAACCGAUGAAGAAAUCAUUGCCCAGAGCACCAUUUUCUUUUUGGCUGGCUAUGAAACAACAGCAACCACUUUGUCUUUUAUGGCCUACCUUUUAGCCUUACACCAAGACAUCCAAGAUAAAGUGUAUCAGGAAAUCCAAUCAGUCAUUGGAAAGGAAGCACCUGAUUACAAUAGUGUUCAAAAGUUAACUUACCUCAGUCAGUGCCUUUCAGAAACACUAAGAUUAUAUCCCAUAGCAAGCAGUAUUCUGAGAAAAAGUAAGAAGCAAAUCACCAUAAAAAAUUGGACAAUUCCUGCAAAUAUCAGCAUUAACAUUCCAAUCCAUGCUCUGCACCAUAAUCCGAAAUAUUGGCCUAAUCCUGAAAAAUUUGAUCCUGACAGAUUUUCAGAGGAGGCCCAGAAGACACAUACCAAGUUUGCUUACUUGCCCUUUGGCGCUGGACCCAGGAUUUGCAUUGGCAUGAGGUUGGCCCAGAUGGAAGUCAAAUUUGCAAUGACCGAGAUUCUCACCAAAUAUAAAUUUGUGCCGUCUGAGAAAACUGAGAACCCAAUUAUCCUUAACAAGCAGCCUCUUCUCUCUGCAAAGAAUGGAAUCUGGCUUAAACUUGAGAGACGUUGAAUUCACCAACACCAACAUGACCACCACCACUGCUCUGAAAUAUAGAGUGCUUGUGCAUGGUUGCUAGACAUGCUAGAAAUAGCAGUCAAAUUUCCUUGAAAUUAACACCCAGUGAUUCGCUUUAAAAAUAACUAAAA